AUGGCUGCAUCAGCAAUUGCUAACAUUAUGAAAAGUUCGUUGGGACCGGUUGGUCUUGACAAAAUGCUAGUCGACGAAGUUGGGGAGGCACUUAUUACUAACGAUGGUGCAACAAUACUGAAACACCUCGAUGUUCAGCACCCUGCUGCUAAAGUUCUUGUCGAAUUAGCUCAGCUUCAAGAUGAAGAGGUUGGAGAUGGAACAUCGUCUGUAGUUAUUAUUGCUGCCGAAAUGUUGAAAGCUGCUGAUGAACUUGUUAAACAUAAGCUUCAUCCCACCACUGUUAUCAAUGGUUAUCGCUUGGCAUGCAAAGAAGCUGUAAGAUAUAUGCAGGAAAAUCUUUCCAUCAGUGUUCAAGAGCUUGGGCGCCAAUCCGUUCUUGGCUCAGCUAAAACCGCGAUGGCUUCAAAAGUGAUUGGGACGGACGCCGAUUUUUUCGCAGAAAUGGUCUUGGAAGCUGUUGAUUUAAUAAAAACCACUGAUGCAAAAGGUCAUGUCAAAUAUCCAAUUAAAGCGAUCAAUAUUCUGAAGGCGCAUGGUAAAUCUAUCCGUGAAAGUAUGCUUAUCAGAGGAUAUGCCUUGAAUUCCACCAUUGCCAGCCAAGCUAUGCCUAGAGUAAUUCGAAAUGCGAAAAUCGCUUGUUUGGAUUUCUCGCUUCAAAAAAUUAAAAUGCAUCUUGGUAUUUCCGUCGUUGUUGAAGACCCUGAAAAACUCGAAGCUUUCAGGAGGGAAGAGGCAGCAAUAACAAAAAGACGUAUUGAGAAAAUAUUAAAAGCUGGCGCCAACGUCAUAUUGACAACAGGAGGCAUUGAUGAUUUUUGUUUAAAACAGUUUGUUGAAGCAGAUGCUAUGGCCGUUCGUCGCUGUAAAAAGGCAGAUUUAAAGCGAAUAGCUAAAGCAGUUGGAGCUACACUAACGGCAUCGCUUGUGAAUUUGGAUGGAAAUGAAACUUUUGAACCAUCUUUAUUGGGGUCUGCUGAUGAAGUUAUACAAGAAAGAAUUUCUGAUGAUGAAUUAAUACUUAUCAAAGGUACAAAAGGAAGGACUGCUUCAUCGAUUAUUCUGAGAGGACCGAAUGAUGUAAUGUUGGAUGAAAUUGAACGGUCCAUUCAUGAUGCGUUAUGCGUUGUACAACGUGUUCUGGAAAGCAAGAAACUUGUCGUUGGUGGCGGUGCUGUUGAAGCAGCUCUCAACGUUUAUCUUGAAGCAUUUUCUACUACACUGUCAAGUCGUGAGCAGUUGUCGGUUGCAGAAUUCGCGAAUGCUUUGCUUGUUAUACCGAAAACUCUAGCAUCGAAUGCAGCCAAGGAUUCGACAGAACUGGUCGCUAGAUUACGAGCUUUUCAUAAUAAGGCGCAACAAGUGAAAGACCUUGCUCAUCUGAAAUGGGCUGGUCUUGAUUUGGAAAAUGGUGAAGUGCGAGAUAACAAGGCCGCUGGUGUACUGGAACCACUUAUGAGUAAAGUGAAGAGCUUGAAAUUCGCUACUGAAGCAGCGAUAACCAUAUUGCGAAUUGACGAUUUGAUUAAGCUCGAAAAACCACCAGAAAAACCACGUGAUGAAGAUCAAUGUAUGUGA